AUGCGACGACAUUCACAUUCACACUCAUAUUCACAAAGAACCACCGCCUCAAACUCGGGCUCGGAUUCAACAGCAUCAACAACAACAUCAGCUCGCAAAACCCCGCAAAACCCCACCCCGUCAACCCAAAAACCGCCCAAGAAACAAAAACUCCCCCUCCCAACCCUCCACCCCACAGCACCCCCCUCCCCAGCCACCGACCUCCUAACACUAACCCGGCACAUCGAAACCCAAACCUCGCAAGCGCGCCAUCUCUUCAGCCUCAAACACGCCCUCCUCGAUCCGACCGAGCAAUCCUGGAUCUCGGCGACGAUCCGGGAUACGGAGGUUGCGACGCGGGAAGUUGCGAUCCUCACUGAAGAGUUACGGGUCGAGCAGGUGAUUAAUCAGGGAAGACUGGGGGUGAAGACCCAGAUCAAGUGGAUGUUGCGGGAUUCAAAACGCGCGAGGGAGAAGAGGGAGAGACUCGUGGUUGUUCACCAGAGUCUCAUGACUGUUCUCGGGCGGUUGCAGGGGGUUCAGGGGGGCCCUGUUGAGAUGGGGAUUGGGGCUGCAGUCGGGAGCGGCAUGAGUACUCGGACUGAAAGCGGAAGGAGUGGUACCGACAGGGAGGAGGAUACUAGGGACAAUGCAGGCUUCAAACUCGCUAGCGAAGAAAAGACCCGCCGGCGUCGACGGAUGACCGUUGACAAGGCGCAGACAAUAUCUCCGGCGUCGAUGAAGCAGGUUCCGGAAGAAGGGCCGUGGGAUCUCUCGGUACAGUUACAGGAUGCCGGGAUGGAGGCUGUGGUGCCGAAUAUGGUGGCCGAGAAGGUGGGAAUCUCUCUCAGGACAAAACAAGCGCAGGAGGUCAGCAGUCCGCCAUCUACGAAAAUGGAUAAUGAGUUGAUGGAUAUGCUUUCGUGGCGGUGGGCGCACGGGAGAGCGACGACCUGA